GUAUGUGUCUGAGCGCGCCCGUGUGUGCGCGCGCCUCUCUCUGCGUCUCCGUGUGCGCGCGAGCACGGGAGAAGAGCAUCGCCGUCCCCCCCAGGAAAGAGCGUUUCGACCGCUUGUUUCUUUCUUUCUUCCUUCUUGUUUAUUUGUAAACACGGUCCGGCUUUUCGCUUUGAUGCUUCUCCGCUCUGUCGGCGCCUCCAUCGGACCUUUUCGCUGAUCAAUCGAGGCCGAUCGAUCAUGGACUGACACAUGCGUUGGACUGCGCGAGGAAGCUCUGGAUGCUGACCAUGUCCAGUCCCAGCGAGCUCAAGUCUCCGUGCAUGACGCGGAACGGCAUGGUCAAGCUGCCCCCCCAGCCUAAUUGCCUGAGCUCCGCCAGCAUCACCAAGGGCACGCCCGCCGCCAAGAACCGCCUGUGCCAGUCCUCGUCUGUGCCCAGCAUCCUGCCCCCGCACGGCCUGCCCUACCACAUGGAGCCCCCUCCGACGGCUGCCUCUCUGCUGGGGCCUGACCUGGACUGCUGCUCGCCCACCUCGGAGCGCACUCCCCUGCACAAGCUGUCCAAGCCAUCCCCAGAGAGGCAGCUGGUGCUGGAUGAGAAGGUGCUGAACCGGCUCCUGUGGUACUUCACCACGGCGGAGAAGUGCACCCUGGCCCAGGUGUGCAAGACGUGGCGCAAGGUGCUCUACCAGCCCAAGUUCUGGGAAGGGGUCACGCCAGUCCUACACGCCAGAGAGCUCUACAACAUCCUGCCCAACGGCGAGAAGGAGUUCAUCAGCCUGCAGGGCUUCGCUCUGAGGGGCUUCCAGGCCUUCUGCCUAGUAGGAGUCUCCGACCUGGACAUUUGCGAGUUCAUCGACAACUAUCCCCUGUCCAAGAAGGGCGUGCGCUCUGUCAGCCUCAAAAGGUCCACCAUCACUGAUGCUGGCUUGGAGGUCAUGCUGGAGCAGAUGCAGGGCCUGAUGCACCUGGAGCUGUCCGGCUGCAAUGACUUCACGGAGGCAGGGCUCUGGUCCAGCCUGAAUGCGAGACUCACCUCGCUGAGUGUUAGCGACUGCAUCAACGUGGCGGACGACGCCAUCGCAGCCAUCUCGCAGUUGCUGCCCAACCUGUCGGAGCUGAGCCUGCAGGCGUACCACGUGACCGACACGGCUAUGGCCUACUUCACGGCCAAGCAAGGCUGCACCACGCGCACAUUGCGCCUGCACUCGUGCUGGGAGAUCACCAACCACGGAGUGGUCAACAUGGUGCACAGCCUGCCCAAUCUCACCGCGCUCAGCCUGUCGGGCUGCUCCAAGAUCACAGAUGACGGCGUGGAGCUGGUGGCCGAGAACCUGCGCAAGCUUCGCAGCCUGGACUUAUCCUGGUGUCCACGUAUCACCGACAUGGCGCUGGAGUACAUUGCUUGCGACCUGCACAAGCUUGAGGAGCUGGUGUUGGACCGGUGUGUGCGGAUCACUGAUACGGGGCUGGGUUACCUGUCCACCAUGUCCUCCUUACGGAGCCUGUACCUCAGGUGGUGCUGCCAGGUGCAGGAUUUUGGGUUGCAGCACUUGUUUGGUAUGAGGAGUUUGCGGCUGCUGUCCCUUGCAGGCUGCCCCCUGCUGACCACCACCGGCCUCUCGGGCCUCAUCCAGCUGCAGGACCUGGAGGAGCUGGAGCUGACCAACUGCCCCGGGGCCACUGCCGAGCUCUUCAAGUAUUUCUCCCAGCACCUGCCCCGCUGCAUGGUCAUUGAGUAGCGAGGCCGUGGGCGGGAGCUUGCGCUACAUCGCCCGAAACCCUCCACCUUCUGUCGCGAGAAACCGAACACCGACCAACCUAUUUCAUCCAGCACCCUAGAGGGAGAAGGAGGAGAGAGGGGACGCGAAGAAGCACGGCGUGGAUGGGGAAGCGAACCCAGAAAGAGACGCUCAGAAAGGGAGAAUGUUAGGCAUGGAACGGCGUGACCUGCGAAGUUAACACUCAUACACACAUAGUGUACGGAACAUGAAUUUCUACAAAAACAAAGAAACCUUCGCUUUGGUGUGGCAUCACCCCCCACCCCCCCACCCCACUAUAACGGAGGAAAAGGUGGGUAGAGGGUCCUGUUGUGGUGCCUCACCCUGGGGGCCCCUGGAAAGGAGCAAUGCCCUGGAGGCUCACCACUGGCAUUGGACCUUCUGGAUGGACCCCCCAGUGGUGUUAAGACCCCUACAGUCGUCAAGCGGCCGCUUUUCCAUCUCUGUCUUAACGCAAAAGAGGUUGAAAAUCAGAAAAAAAGUUAAACGGCUCUGUAGGAUUUUGCAUCAAAGCUGCACGCUAACCUGCUUACCAUCAUAGACUUUUUUUAAAUAUUAUUUUUUUAGAUAUUAUUUUUGAUUAACCCAGAUGACUAUAAGACAUUUUAAUUGUGGAAGAAAGGGAACCCUCUGCGAAGAAGCAGUUACCAAGAUUGCGGAAGGUUCUGGAAGAUGAAAAUGAGGAGCCGCUCAUCGAGGCAAAGGAGACUUCAGGGUUGACUUUGGGGGGGCAGGGGAGGGGCUUAUUGAUUGGAUAUUAUUUACAGUCAUUCGGGAUUGUACAUAAAGCGUACACUCAGCUUCGCCUUUUAAUCGAUUCCCGACCGUUCUGGGGUUUUUUCUGAUGUCAUAUGAUAUGAUUUAGCUGUUUCAUAUGGAGGCGUACAAUGUUUCUGAUGUCCUGUCUUGCAGCCAGUGCUCUCGAACGUAGGAAGCAGCUGAAAUUAUCGCAGUUAGAGGACGUUGCGUGUGAUUUAUGUGAUUUUCGGAAGCAAGGAGAACGGUGACGAGGCCUGGUACUCGUCAGAGAAAAGUGCACCGCAGUACGUGGAAGUGAACUUUGCAGAACGAUACUAUGGUCAGAUGGAUUCCGUGACCCUCGCAUACAAAGCGGAGCAGCUGUACGUGGAAUUGAUCUGUGGUUUAUGGGGCGGAUCACAUGUACAUGUGUCGGUUACGGCUUGGCGUCAGCAUACCGCAAUGCAGCGAAGUCUCAUUGCAGAAGUUGGAGUGAUAAUUUACCCCGACUCCAACCCCUCAGUAUUAAUCUGAAAGGUCAGGGACCCACAGGUCAUGGGCUCCUUGCGUCUCCUCUUACCCCACAGCUCCGCUUCCGUGAUUCGACCCUUGCGCCCCCGAUGUCUCCAUUUUUACCUGGGUGUGUUUCUGCAUUUUCACCAAGCCCGCCUGGGCGCUUUACUGGGCACCACUUAACAAGCGCAAGGUGUGAGGGAGGCGGGGCGGAGGCGAUGCUGGAGGGGCAUCCAACACACCCUGCCUGCACUGUUCCCCACGCCAUCCGUUCUAUCCAGACGAUCUCUGGUAGGUGGUCAGGCAUCAGUUCUCCGUCAGUAUUUAUGAGACCUAAACAACAAGCAACACUGUAAACUAGAUGUAUAUAAACAUGUAGCACGGUUGUCAGUCCCACCGAGUUCGAAAGCAGAUUCUCCCUGAAGAGAAGGCGUGUUUUGCUUCUCUUGUGUCAGAGACCCAUGUUACCUGCUAACAAACUUGGAAACGCUUCUUUUUCGGCUGCUGCAUACAAGCUUUGGUGCCACCUAAAGGAGUGAAGAGGCUGCUGCUGCUGCUUCCUUUUCCUCCCGUGUGGAUCCUUCCGCCACAGGCUGACUGCUCGCGGAUCGGAGAGGAAGUAUUUUGCACGAGAGCAGAUGGUCUAUAUGUUGUGAGCUGAAUGAUGGCUGCGUGUGUCGGGGGUUGCAAAAGCUACCCUUGGGAGUAGGGCUGCAGAACCACCUCGUCCAGGGUGACGUUCUCGGAGAUGUUCGAGGGCUCAAGAGCUGGAUCCAUUGGCUUGGAGGUGCUUCCACGACGAGGAUCUGCGGGGACGCAUGCCUCUUCAUACCUGCUCAUUCAUGUAUCCGCUGACGGAUUGACUCGGCACUUGAUUUACGUAUGUCUGAGUGAGGCUGCAUAAUGAAUUUAUGGAUGAUUGUAUUUAUUUAUCUAUUUAUUUACUUAUUUAUUGACUUACUUGCUGGCGGUGUGGGAUCGGCCAGACGGGAUCGACUUUGUGAUUCUGUUUGGCUGCACAGUGGGACUACAGUAGGGUAUCAUGAGUGACCUUUUUUAACAUUGUGUGUGUGUGUGUGUGUG